GUGACCCCGAGCCAGAGCUCCCUCCCUUCCUGCUGUGACUUGUAUGGAAACAGGUCAGCUGGAUCCAUGGAGCCAGGAUCUUCCUGAGAGCUCCCUGAGUCAAGAGGACAGAGGCAUGAGCCAGUGCCUCUAAAGCCAUGCCAGAUGCUGGAGAAGCCCCAUAUCAUGACACCCAUCUUUCUAAGUGCUGCUCUUCAGGGAUUUGCUCCCUUUGAGCAGUUAAUUCUCUGAGCUUCCUUAAAGAAGAAGCUGGGGAAGGACCAGGAAUGGCAAUGAAACUUCAGCAUGGCCUCCAUGUUGAGAGAAAAUCCAACCCACCCAUGAAUGGAUGUGCUGGUACUUCUGUGGGCUGCCAGCUGAGUCCCUUGGGGUACAGCCACAUCCUUUCUGGGCCAGAAGACAGCCCCUUGCUGGCUCCUGGGGCUGCAGCCCCUCUGGCCCCCACAGGGCUGUGACCCACCUCUUCCCUUCAGCCAUGGCAGAGCAGCAGUAAUGUCGGGUCUGUUAUUUAGCUCAGGACUGUUACGAGACACAAUCUCGCUCUAAAGCCAAGGCCAAAUACUACCAGCAUGGGGUCAAGUUCAUGAGUUCAUUUUGCCUUUGGGACUAAUUUGGGUGCUGAGUAGCUGGGCAGGUAUUUGACUGUUGCCUGCAGAGACCUAGAGGUCUCAGGAUCCUAUUCUUCUCCCUCAGAUCACCUAAAAUGGUAAGAAUUUCCAAGGGGGAUUAAGGUUGUGAUCUCUGGGGAGGGGAGUGGACAUCUGGUAGGAGUCCUGUCCAUAUUAAUAGCCUCUGUUUAAAUGUAUGUAAUCAAAUGGGGCAGCUCCUUAUCAGCCUAGAGACUCUGAACUCCAUUACCUGAGGGGUUGCUGGAGACUUUGGGCUGCUGACCAUGGCUUUCCACAGGCACACAGGGCCUGGCAGCUACACCGUGGGCACCAUGUCAGAGCGCUUCGACUGCCACUACUGCCGGGACCCUCUGCAGGGCAAGAAGUACGUGCAGAAGGAGGGGAGGCACUGCUGCGUCAAGUGCUUCGAGAAGUUCUGCGCCAACACCUGCACCGAGUGCAAGAAACCCAUCGGGGCCGACUCCAAGGAGCUGCAUUUCAAGAACCGCUACUGGCACGACAACUGCUUCCGCUGCUUCAAGUGCUACACGUCCCUGGUCAACGAGCCCUUCAUGCUGAGGGAGAACAACAAGGUUUGGUGCAGCAACUGCACUGCUGCUGAGGAUGCACCCAGGUGUAAGGGCUGCUUCAAGCCCAUUAUUGCAGGAGACCAAAAUGUUGAGUACAAGAAGAUGGUCUGGCACAAGGACUGCUUCACCUGCAGCCAGUGCAAGCAAGUGAUUGGAUCUGGGAGCUUCUUCCCCAAGGGUGAUGAAUUCUACUGUGUCUCCUGCCAUGAGCACAAGUUUGCCAAGACCUGUGCUAAGUGCAAGAAUCCCAUCACUUCUGGAGGCCUCACUUACCAGGAACAGCCUUGGCAUUCCGAGUGUUUCAUUUGCUCCAACUGCAAGAAACAACUGGGUGGGAAGCGCUUCACAGCUGUGGAGGAUCAGUUUUACUGCGUUGAAUGCUACAAGGAGUGUGUUGCCAAGAAGUGUGCUGGAUGCAAGAAUCCUAUUACAGCAGGAUUUGGAAGAGGAACCAGUGUGGUUAACUACGAAGAUGAAUCCUGGCACGAUUACUGUUUCAAAUGCACAAAGUGUGCCCGUGGUCUGGCCAACAAGCGCUUUGUUUGCCAUAAUGGAAAAAUUUAUUGUGCUGAGUGCCCCAAACGACUGUAAAUGAGCAGAUGUAAGAUGGAUUUAAAAGCCCUGCUUUCCCAAACAGUCCUGGUAAAAGAGCAGGUUUUUGCAUGUUGAGAAUUUUAACUUUUUUCCAUUUUAGUGUAAGAACUAAAUUAGCCUCAAUAUACUGGGUUUGACUUUUGAAGCUCCUGCAGUACAAAAGCAUGUAGCCUUGCAAAAAUCUAACCUUGUUUCCAAGUAACUCCUAGUAUAAAGGCUUGAAAUGCUGUUAGAUUUAGAGAUCCACACACUGCAUCAUCUGUGUGUGGCUUAAACUAAAACAAAUCUAGUUUUAAACUUAUCUGGUAUAUGAUUAAGCUUGGCACUUAACUGAAGUGGGUUUGACAAGGCAUGCACCUCUGACAGAGAUGCAAGGAUUGCACCUGGGAUCAGAAGGAUCCAUUAUUAUGCUUCUACAAGUACAGAUCACAACAAACACCACACCAUUAAUAAGUAAUAAAUACCUUAGCUUACUUUACAACACCACAUUACAGCACAUGUACGGAAUGGCUUCAUCUUACAGAUAACAAUGUUUGGGCAGUGACAUUUAGCUUAGUUAAGUUUCCAUAAACUUGUUUUAGUCUUGAUUUCCGCAUGGUUUGCCUGCAAGUUUUCCUCAUCAGCUUUUUUUAUAUCAUUGUUUAAACAAGGCUGUCUAUGUACAAUUAUUAAUCCAUUAACAAGUAGUAAAUCUUUCACCUACAACAUGCACAUACAUUUACAAGUGCCUUUUAAAAAUAGCUCAUACAAGGCUAGCUCUCCUAUCAUGUCAGUAUAUGUUUAGUGACUGAAUAAAAGUGAGACUAGUGCCUGCUUGGAA